AUUUUGGGGGAGACAUCGCAGAGGACGGAGAAUGAGAAGAAGCUUUGCAGGCGGUUGUCUGGUACGUAAUGGAGUUUACUGCAGUUCUUCGUGCUCUUCUAUCCGUGAACCCGCAGCAACUUACUCUUCGAAUUCAGCAACGACAUCAGGGCAGCAGCCUUCCAAUCGGAAUCAUUGUUCCUCCAUUUCAUCAGAUGCAUCUGUGAAUGGGACCCUGACUGGAAUUCAGCGGAGAAACAUACAGGGCUCAUUCUCCUCAACAGCAAAACCCCAUAUCGAGGAUAAUCGAUGGUUAGGGCUAAUUCGCCUUGACAAGAAACCCGAAGGCACUUCCAAUGAUCAACCCCAUGAUGAAUUUUCAGGUGAUGUUGAGAAGAUUUACAGAAUCUUAAGGAAAUUCCACUCACGUGUUCCAAAAUUAGAACUUGCUUUACAAGAAUCUGGUGUUAUCAUCCGCUCAGGAUUAACCGAACGUGUGGUGAAUCGUUGUGGUGAUGCUGGAAACUUAGGAUACAGAUUCUUUGUUUGGGCAUCAAAACAACCUGGUUACACUCACAACCAUGACAUAUACAAAUCCAUGAUAAAAAGCUUAGGAAAAAUGAGACAAUUUGGUGCAGUAUGGGCACUUCUUGAAGAAAUGAGAAAAGAAAACCCACAGCUUAUAACCCCACAAGUGUUUGUUGUAUUAAUCAGAAGGUUUGCUUCUGCCAGACUUGUGAAAAAAGCAGUCGAGGUGCUCGAUGAAAUGCCUAAGUAUGGUUGUGAGCCUGAUGAAUACGUGUUUGGAUGUUUAUUAGAUGCAUUGUGUAAGAAUGGGAACAUCAAAGAAGCUGCUUUACUUUUUGAAGACAUGAGAGUCAGGUUUCCACCAACAAUCAAACAUUUCACUUCUCUGUUAUACGGGUGGUGUAAAGAAGGUAAAUUAAUGGAGGCUAAGUUUGUUUUGGUGCAGAUGAGAGAAGCCGGUUUUGACCCCGACAUUGUUGUCUACAACAAUUUGCUCAACGGGUAUGCAGUUGCAGGUAAAAUGGUGGACGCUUUUGACCUUUUGAAAGAAAUGAGAAAAAAAGGUUGUGAUCCAAACGCGACUUCUUUCACCAUUUUGAUACAAUCACUUUGUGGUCAAGAGAAAAUGGAAUCUGCAAUGCAGUUGUUGAUGGAAAUGGAGAGGUGUGGAUGUGAAGCAGAUGUUGUUACUUACACUACAUUGAUAAGUGGGUUUUGUAAAUGGGGGAAGAUUAAAAAGGGUUAUGAGAUAUUAGACCACAUGAUUCAAAAAGGACACACCCCAAAUCAAACGACUUAUUUACAUAUUUUAAACGCUCACGAAAAGAAAGAUGAAUUGGAAGAAUGUUUAGAGCUUGUGAACGAGAUGCAAAAGAUCGGUUUGUUUCCGGAUAUUUACAUCUACAAUACGAUUAUUCGUUUGGCUUUCAAGUUAGGGGAUGUUAAAGAAGGGGUUCGAGUCUGGAAUGAGAUGGAACGGAAUGGAAUCAGCCCCGGAAUCGACAAUUUUGUGAAUAUGAUUCAUGGGUUGAUAGGUCAAGAAUGUUUGGUUGAAGCUUGUGAUUAUUUUAAAGAAAUGGUGGGAAGAGGUUUGUUUUGUGUUCCUCAAUAUGGGGUUAUGAAGGAUCUUUUGAAUUCGUUAUUAAGAGGUGAUAAGAUUGAAGUGAGUAAAGAUGUUUGGAGUUGUAUUAUUAAUAAAGGGUGUGAGGUUAAUGUUUAUGCAUGGACGAUUUGGAUACAUGCGCUAUUUUCAAAAGGGUAUGUGAAGGAUGCGUGUGGUUAUUGUUUGGAGAUGAUGGAUGCUGGAGUGAUGCCACAAGCGGAUACUUUUGCGAAGCUUAUGAAGGGGUUGAGGAAGCUUUACAACAGACAGAUUGCUGUUGAGAUUACAGAGAAAGUGAGGGAGAUGGCUGCUGAGAGGAAAAUAAGUUUUAAAAUGUAUAAAAGGAGAGGUGAGAGGGAUUUGAAAGAGAAAGUUAAGGCUAAAAAUGAUGGGAGGAAAAGAAGGGCUCGUAGACGUAGGUGGGGCCAUGAUAAAGCUGGUUCUAUAUGA